AUGAUACGUCGGAUUGCCUUCAAGGUUGCGGCCACUGCAAAACCCGGCAGGGUGUUUACCCCGGUACUGCCCCUUAUUUAUCGAGGGGUCAGUUCGACCCCGGCCCUCAACCUGGACAACGUGAUCGUCAAGAUCCAAUCGGAAGGCAUUUUCGACACCCCACUGAUCAAGGACACCCUCACCCAGUUCCUGGACAACCUUUCGUCGACCGCCUACCUCAAGUGCGUCACCCCUGAUGAGCUGAGCAACCACGUGCUCGGCGUUCUCAACGCGAAAGGGUCCGAAAAAAUGUGCAACCCCUUCGAGUUCUCCCGCGAGGAGAGCCACUCCGCCUUCUACAUCUGCAAGAACGACCCCGAGAGCAUCAUCCGAAGUGUGCGCAAGAUGGCGAAGUACACGUCGCGGUCGGACAUCCCGACAGGGCAUAGCACCAUCGUGCGCUCCUUCAACGCGAAGGACGCCUCGAUGGUGAUCUACACCGUCUCCUUCGUCCCCUUUGGGGUCCCUCAGCCCGAUGAGCGCGAAACCCAGAUCGAGAAGCUCAUCCCCAAGGACAUCCUCGACCACCUCUCGGAGGAGAAGCGGCGCCGGGUUCAGAAGCUGCUCUUGCAGCGCCCCGACUCCGUGGUCCCGGUGCUGGACAUCUCGGUGCACGGCACGCGGAAGGACACUAUCCUCUUUACCAUGAUCAGCUGUGCGGACAAAACCGACUACAUCGUCCCCUUGCUGAACGUCUUUCAGGAGAUUAAAGGCAGCGAUGUGGUUCGCGUCGGCUCCUGCUCCUUGGUCAACGGCGACAGGGUCUACACCAUGGUCAUCAAGGGCGCCACGGUGGACCAGGUGAGGGACCAGGCAUCAAUGGUGGGUCUACUCUCCUCCAACGCAUCCAAACCGACGGUGCGGAUGUACGAAUCGGGGCUGCUGACCUGUGAGCAGGCAGUGUACAUCGAUGCGGUGUUUAUCUUCUCCUUCUACUUCACGCAGAUCCCACCCGACGACAGCUACCGCCGCCUGCGAACAGUGCUUGAAAACAUCCCACACGGCGUUAACUGGUUGAACACUAUGCGGAACUCGCUUACCCAAGAGACGAUGUCCGAAAGCUACAUGGGUAAGUUGGUCGAGAACUACCCUCAGUUCGUGAAGCUAAUCUACGAGGACUUCCGUCUAGGCUCAACAGAAGAACGACGGGCCUCCAUCUCCAAGGAAAUAGUGGAGAAGCUGAUUGACGACGGUCGGCUUCCGCACGACAUUGCCAUUUUCAUGAGCUUCCUUAAGUUCAACGAGGUGGUGCUCAAGCACAACUUCUUCAAGCCGGAGAAGGCAGCGCUCGCGUUCCGGCUCGAUCCCAGCUUUUUGAAGGAUUUGGAGUACCCGCUCCUCCCGUACGGCGUCUUCCUCUUUGCAGGCGGCCAAUGGCGCGGUUUCCACAUCCGAUUCACCGACAUCGCCCGCGGUGGCGUCCGUAUGAUCAUCUCCAAGCCGAACACCUACACCAAGAACAAGCGCACCGUCUUCCAGGAGAAUUACAAUCUCGCCUUAACGCAGCUGAACAAGAAUAAGGAUAUCCCGGAGGGGGGAAGCAAGGGCACUAUUCUUGUCUCCAGCCGCUUCCACACGAAAUUUGACGAGAGGGUCUGCAAGCGGAUAUUCCUCCAGUACGUAGACGCGAUGUUGGACCUCGUGAUGCCUGGCGAGUCCGGUGUUGUAGAUCGCCUCAAAAAGGAAGAAAUUAUCUUUCUCGGGCCGGAUGAGUAUACCGCAGGCAGCUUCCCCUCCGCGGGUGCCCUCCAUAGCAAGCGCCGCGGCUACGCUAACUGGAAGAGCUUAACGACUGGCAAGGACCCGGACAUUGGGGGGAUUCCGCAUGACGUCUACGCCAUGACCACGCACAGCGUGCGCACCUACGUGAAGUGUAUCUACAAAGAACUCGGCCUGAACGGGGCCUCGAUGAGGAAGUUCCAAACCGGCGGCCCCGAUGGCGACCUCGGCAGCAAUGAAAUCCUCUUGAGCAAUGAGAAGCUCAUCGGGAUUGCGGACGGAACCGGCUCCCUGCACGACCCGGAGGGGAUCUGCCGCGAGGAGCUUAUCCGGCUCGCCUGCUCGCGUCUGCCCCUCGCGAAGUUCAACCGCGGGAAGCUUUCCAAGGACGGCUUUCUCGUCCUCGUGGAUGAUGUGGAUGUGAAGCUGCCCGAUGGGACCCUCGUGCGGAACGGCGUGCAGUUCCGCGAUGAGUUCCACUUCCUGAAGUACAGCGACGCGGACAUCUUCCUACCCUGCGGGGGGCGCCCGCGGAGCAUCACCAUCGAGAACGUCGCCCGUCUUCUCAAGGUCAAGGAUGUCGACGGCGAGGAUAUGCUGCGAGGACGCGUGAACCCGAGCCCAGACGAGUUGAAGUUCAAAAUCAUCGUCGAUGGCGCGAAUUUGUUCAUCUCGCAGGACGCGCGGCUCGCGCUGGAGCGCUGCGGCGUCGUCCUCAUCAAAGACGCCUCCACCAACAAAGGCGGCGUCACGAGCUCCUCGCUGGAGGUUUUGGCGGGGCUCUCUCUGUCGGACGAGGAGCAUUCCAAACAUAUGUGCAUGAAGGACGAAUCCAACCCCCCGGUCUUCUACAAGCGCUAUGUAGAGGAGGUCAUCGCUCGAGUCGAUGAAAACGCCGAAAAGGAGUUCAACGCGAUCUGGAGCGAGUGGAAGAAGGACACAUCGAAGUCUAGGAUCCUCAUUUCCGAUGCGCUCAGCAGCAAGAACGUGAAGAUCCGGGCAAACAUGCUGAAGAGUGAUAUAUUCGAGGAUAAGAAGCUGGUGCGGUACUUGAUGAUGGAGUACGCGCCGAAGACCCUCCUUCAAUUGGUGCCCAUCGACAAGAUGCUACAGCGCGUACCGGAGGGGUAUCAACACGCGAUUUGCGCGGUCUGGUUGGCCUCGAACUAUGUCUACAAAAACGGUCAGGAUGGCAAUGAGUUCGACUUCUUCAAGUUCUUGACUGAAGAAAUCAAACGAUUGAAUAAAAAAUAUGAUUAG